CGGGGCCGAGCCUCGCGGGCCGGAAGUUGGGUUCGUGCGUCACUUCCUCCCGGAAGCGGGUCUGAACGGAUGUCUACUGCGCGUCCGUGUGCGGGGCUGAAGGCCGCGGUGGCGGCCGGCAUGGGGCUGAGCGACGGGCCAGCGGGCUCUGGCCGCGGCUGUCGCCUUCUACGCCCUCCCGCGCCCGCUCCGGCGCUGCCAGGGGCCCGGCUGCUGCGGCUUCCGGAGAAUGAGGCCGCAAGCCCGGGGCGCUCCGGUUGGACGGAGGCGCUGCGGGCCGCCGUGGCCGAGCUGCGCGCCGGCGCCGUGGUGGCGGUCCCAACUGACACGCUGUAUGGUCUGGCCUGUUCGGCGAGCUGCUCGGCGGCCCUGAGCUGCGUGUAUCGCCUCAAAGGCCGCAGUGAGGCUAAGCCGCUGGCCGUGUGCCUGGGCCGCGUGGCCGACGUCUACAGGUACUGUAAGGUGAAAGUGCCUACAGAGCUACUGGAAGACCUGUUCCCAGGACCCGUGACCCUGGUGAUGGAACGCUCAGAGGAGCUCAACAAAGACCUGAACCCCUUUACUCCUCUCAUUGGCGUCCGGAUUCCUGAUCAUGCCUUCAUGUUGGACUUGGCCCAAAUGUUUGGGGGACCACUUGCACUCACCAGUGCCAACUUCAGCUCCCAGGCCAGUUCUCUGAGUGUUGAGGAGUUCCAAGACCUCUGGCCUCAUUUGUCCCUUGUCAUAGAUGGGGGGCCAAUUGGGGAUAGUCAGAGCCCUGAGUGUCGCCUCGGCUCUACUGUGGUUGACUUAUCUGUGCCUGGAAAGUUUGGCAUUAUUCGCCCAGGCUGUGCCCUGGAAAACACUACAGCCAUCCUCCAGCAGAAAUAUGGGCUGCUACCUUCUCAGGGGUCCUGUUCAUGAAACUUGGGAGGACCUGAGGACCAUGCUGGAUACUGUGUGUCUGACACUGGUGGGCAGAGCCUCAUUGGCUGAGGUUCCUGGAGCUACAUCUGUAGCCUAGCUUUUUAGGCAGCAUCCUUGGCUCUGAGUCCUGUAAGCCAGCCAGGAGCUGCAGGGUGAGCCAUGCCCCCACCAGGGGAAGGUUACAUUUACUCUAUAGAUUCAUUUGUCAACCGGGAACUGAAUGGGAGGAUCUUAGAGUGGCCUUAUUAUUUUAAGUGCCCCUCUCACCCCCACCCCUUUUAAGUUAAGUAACUUGAGUACAGAAUUAGAAUACAUUUAAAGCUGCUUUCUGGGGAACAGUGCCCCUCUCACCCCCACCCCUUUUAAGUUAAGUAACUUGAGUACAGAAUUAGAAUACAUUUAAAGCUGCUUUCUGGGGAACAGUGACAUUUGAUGUCAAACCAGCUGGAGGCACUAAUGCAGUCUAGAAAUCUUAGGACCAAUGCAGCAAAGUCAAGGAGCCCAGGCCAAAGCUUUCUGGGUACAGGGGAGUGGUCAUUUGGGGGAAAUUAUUCUAGGAGUCCCAAGUGAAAUAUUGAAAAAUAAAAUCUUGACUUUUUUCA